AUGUCAGUCAUUGAGCAAACCCAGCGCUGAGCGGCAGCACUGCACCUAAAACACUGUUUGCGAGCGACACAUCUACCUUAGAUUCAAUCUCUGCUUUUUCCUCGUUAUUCCUAGACUCCACGCAUAUUCCCUCUCUCAGCGAUACAUGCAACUGAUACCACUCUGAACACAAGAGCUGGCACAGCUUGCCUCGCCACACAGCAACCUUGCAACGAGGUGUUAACUAGCCUACUUUCCUUUCCAUGCGACUCCGUUAUCUCCGGUGCUUUCGCCAGCCUGCAAUUGAAAAGUUUCGGUUUUGAGGAUAAACGAAAUCCACGACCUUCAAAGGGAUUGUUUAUAACAACACGGUGACCUGAGGAGGAUGAACCCGCAGUGAGACUGGACCCUUCCGUGAGGACCCACCUUCCCCUGACCUGCGUGUCCAGAGCCGCCUCCCGCAGCCCGGACACCCCGCCCCACUCCUUCUUUUCUCAGCCACUCCUCUGGGCCCAGGAACCCCACUCCUCAGGUACCAGGAUGGACCUGCACCGGGCCGCUUUCAAGAUGGAGUCGUCCUCUUACCUUCCCAACCCUCUGGCAUCCCCGGCCCUGAUGGUACUGGCUUCCACCGCUGAGGCCAGCCGCGACGCCUCCAUCCCCUGCCAGCAGCCCCGCCCCUUCGGCGUGCCUGUCUCCAUGGGGGAGAAGGACAUGCACCUGCCCUUCAACAACGGCUCCUACACCUUCGCCUCCAUGUACCACCGUCAGGGAGCCGUUCCCGGGGGCUUCCCCAACCGGGACUUCCCCUCCUCCCUGCUGCACCUGCAUCACCAGUUCGCCCCCCCAAACCUGGACUGCUCCCCCAUCAGCAUGCUGAACCACAGCGGGGUGGGGGCCUUCCGACCCUUCGCCUCCCCUCCAGACGACCGUGACGGGGCAGGGGGCUACCAGUCUGCCUUCACCCCAGCCAAGCGCCUCAAAGGCUGCCUGGAUGCAGACGCCUCUCCCCACCUGCGCUACACGGACGCUGAGGGUAAAGAGUAUGACUUUGGGGGGGGACAGAUCCCCUCCAGCUCCCCAAGCGCCCUUAAGGCAGUGGAGGAUGCUGGGAAAAAGAUUUUUGCAGUGUCCGGCCUGUUGUCCGACCGCGAGACGUCAUCGAGCCCAGAGGACCGCAUCGAACGCUGUAAGAAGAAGGUGUCUCUGUAUGACAGCCAGACGCCCAUCUGUCCUAUCUGCCAGGUGUUGCUGCGUCCAGGAGAACUGCAGGACCACAUGGAGCAGGAGAUGGAGCGCCUCACCCACAUGCACCUCAGUAAGAACCCAUCACACGGACACACGGAUGGCACUCUGGUUCCAGGAACUCCUAAGUCUAUGCUGUUGUCGGUGCACAUCAAACGCGAGGGAGAGUCACCGGUGGUCUCCCCUCUCUCUUCUGAAGAUGCCCACCACUCCGACAGAUACCAGACGUUUUUAAGAGUGCGAGCAAACAGGCAAACGCGGUUGAAUGUCGAUGACCUCUGCUGGUGCAGGCGCUACGCCAAGGAAAGUGUCACAAAUGCUCCCCUUGGACUGCACAAUGGAGCCCCCCUUGCCCCCUGCUGCAUUGGCCACGCCCGGAUUGGGAAGAUGAAACGCCGGAAGCCAGAUGAUGGGCAGGUAUGUCCACUGUGCAGCGCGCCGCUGGCAGGGACCGAGGAGGAGAUGAGUAGGCAUGUGGAACAAUGUCUGUUCAAGAGGGAGGGUGUGUUUGCUGAGGAUGACUCUGCAGACAUGGACGGAGAGAACGGGACACGCUUCGAGGAGUACGAGUGGUGCGGCCAGAAGAGGGUCAGAGCUACCACCCUGCUGGAAGGAGGCUUCAGAGGAACAGGCUUUGCCAUGUGUAGCACUAAGGAGAGCCACGACAGCGACGCCGACCUGGACGUGGAUGGAGACGACACGCUGGAGUACGGCAAGGCCCAGUACACAGAGGCAGACAUCAUUCCCUGCUCCGGAGAGGACCAAGGAGAAGCCAAAGAACGGGAGGCCCUGCGCGGGGCGGUGUUGAAUGGUGGAAUGCCGUCCAACAGAAUAGCGGCAGAGUUCUCCAAAUGGGCCAGUGAUGAGAUGCCCUCCACCAGCAAUGGCGAGAGCAGCAAGCAGCAGCUGCCUCAGGACCCCAACGCCGCCUGCUCAUCCUCCAACGCACCCCGGACCUGUAAAAACAGUGAAAUAGAGAAGAUCACAGAGGGCUCGAAAGCCACCACAUUUGAAGCACUAAAGGCUCGUAUCCGGGAACUGGAGAAACAGAUCCUUCGAGGGGACAGAUAUAAGUGUCUCAUCUGCAUGGACUCGUACACGAUGCCCCUCACCUCCAUCCAGUGCUGGCACGUCCACUGUGAGGAAUGCUGGCUCAGGACUCUGGGAAAUAAGAAACUGUGCCCACAAUGCAACACCAUCACAUCGCCAGGAGAUCUAAGGCGCGUCUACUUGUGAAGAAGACCACGCCUUCCCUGACCGGCCUCCCCCUCCACCCCCCCCUCCCUCCAUGUUUUCCUCUUUUUAUUUCCAUUAGUUCUCACCGUUUGUGUUUUGGGGUUUGUAAAGCCCCCUCAUAGCUUAAAGAGACAAGACUAAUGUCUUGAUUGACUCUUCCGAUCAGGGGAGGACUGACUGAUUGAUCAACCAACCCGGUUGGGAACAGAACCGAACCCAGUUGCCCAUUAUGUCUGAGUGUUCUCAGAAUGACAAAUAAGCCAACCACCCCUCUCUGGCUCCUCCAACCGCCUGCCUGCCCUCAAGUGGUGAGUGGUCCACUCCACAGUCAAAUCCCCUCCACCCUGGCUCACACUUCUGGUUCUAUGUGUUUUCAUCCUUUAGCUCUCAGGCAACCCAGCUUUACACUCAUGGAGCCCUCCUCCCUUGCUUGCCUCACCAUCGUCUCACCAUGCUGAAAGGUGUGUUCAGGUAGGAGGAGGUGGUGAUGUAACCCCCCUCCUUUUUACCAUCACUGCUCGCUGUGUGUAGAAAACCCAUCUUGGUCCAAGCCAUCAGGACAGCCAAGCUAGAUAUUGAGCUGGCUGCCGGUCGUUGCACCCUGCUUGAAGGCCUGGUAAGGGGGAAAGGAAAACGAUGAACUCUGAGCUUUCUACCAAACUGACAACCUCAGAACAUCCAGAGGAUCCUCUUCUUUUCAGCCUCUUUUUUCCCUUUUGUGGUCUUAAAUCGUGAAGUCAACCAAAUUCCAAGAAUCAGUGCAAGCACAUGUAUAAUAGUGUAUGUUAGUUUACAGUGUUGUGUGUAAAUGACAUAGAGCUUACACUUCUAUACAUAUGUGCACACAUGCUUACACACAUUCACACAUAUAUGCGCGCUCGCACACACAAACUCACACACACACAAACUCACAAAAGUAUAUAUUAAUAAAGUCCAGUUUUUAGUUAGAGUUUUGAGGAAGGGUAGGGAGUGAUGUUUAAUCAAUGUGAAAAAGAAAGCCCUAUUUUUCAACCAAUGUUGUCGUCUUGAGGUUGAAGUUGUAUUUCAUUGUACAGGAAUAGAUUUAAGUCAUAAUAAUAAUAAACUACUCAACUAGAAAUUCAA